AUGCUACCCUCUCUUUAUUUUUUACACUCUAUGUCCCCCCCCUCUUUCUUUUUUCUCUCUCUAUCCUCCUCUCUUUCUGUUUUACUCUCUCCCUCUCUCGUCCUUCUUCCUUAUUUUACAACUGUAAUCACUUUCACUUCACCCCCUCCAUCAUCAUCAUCUGACCUCUUCUCGCCAUCCUUACUCUCUUCCUCGUCAUUUUACAUCAUUAAUGAUUUUUUCCCCCUCCAUCGCCAUAAUCACCAUCAUUUUACAGCUGGAAUACCUUUUUCUCCUCCAUCAUCAUCAUCAUUUUCAAAUUUUAAUGAUGAUAAUGAUGAUGAUGAGGCUUUUACAACUAAUAGGAACGGGGUUUCCUCUAUUCCUGUCCAUGGCCUCCGCUCACCUUCUCGAAAUUCAUUUAUGUCUGCCGUGCCCACUCCGCUUGUUCUUUUUCCUUACGGAUCCCCCUCCUCUACCCCUCCUCCUCCCCCCUUCUUCUUCUUCUUCUUCUUCUUCUUCUUCUUCUUCUUCUUCUUCUUCUUCUUCUUCUUCUUCUAA